AUGACAUCCAAUCGACUCGCCAACAAAAAUAUCCUCCUCAUCGGCGGCACGUCCGGCAUUGGCUUCGCCGUCGCCAAAGAAGCCCUAGCAGCCGGCGCCAACAUUACCAUCAGCUCAUCUUCUCCAGAGAGAGUUGCCAACGCAUUCGGCCGUUUGAAAGAGAGCAACCCAGACCGAGCAUCUGCAAUCCGCACCCAUGUCGCCGACCUCAGCAUCAAGGACCAGCUGGAAACGACAAUCGAGUCCCUUCUCAAAUUCACGGCGGAGAUCGCUCCCGUCGACCAUGUGGUUUUCACCGCUGGAAAUGUCCCUCCUCUGGUCCCGCUUGCAGAAGCAUCAUUCGCUGACUUUGAGGUUUUCCUGGCGGUUCGAUUCUUUGGAGCUAUGGCGCUUGGCAAAUAUGCACCCAAGUACAUGACCAUCGGCAAGGAGUCGUCCAUCACCUUGACAAGUGGGACUCAGGUACAGAAGCCGACUUUUUGGAUGCCGCCUGCGGUUGGGGGUGCUGUCGAGGGUCUGAUGAAAGGGUUAGCGGUGACGCUGGCGCCUGUGAGGGUUAAUGCCGUCUCGCCUGGCCUGAUCAUGACGGAGUUGAUUGAUAGGAUGCCGAAUGAAAUGAAGCAGUUUGUGCAAAAGGCUGAGGAGCAGUCGCUAACCAAAGAUGUUGGCUAUCCCGAGGACACGGCCGAGGCAUAUCUUUAUCUGAUGAAGGACUACUUUGCGACGGGGUCAAUUGUAACCACCAAUGGCGGCGUCUUUCUGGUGUAA